AUGGAAGCAAUAAUGGAGGAAUCUGAACCUCCAUUUACCACUGACAUCAUACAGGCACGACUUUCGGACAGGUUCUGUCUACCCCAGAUCACCUCGUUCUCCAGAAAUACCAACCCAUCGGAGCACAUAGAGUCCUUUAGGGGAAAGAAAAGGCUCAAGGUGCCUGCCUACCUCCUUCACGUUAUUCAGAAGGACGACAAGCUUUUGAAAGACUACAUCAAACGCUUAAAUCUGAAAGCAUUACAAGUUCAAAAGCAUUUAGAAGAACUCGCCCUAACCGCGAUCAUGAGAGGGUUGAGAGACUGCGAGUUCCUCUUCUCACUGGACAAAAACCCUCCAACAACGAUGGCCAAACUAUUGAACAGGUUGCAGAAAUACGCUAACGUUGAAGAAGCUUGUGUCUUGCGAGAGGCCGUCCAGAACAAAGCUCCUCCGACUAAAGAACAGCAGAUGAGGGCAGAACUAAGUUCGACUGCUAGGAAUAGGAAGAGGAAGGACAACCAAUCACACGACAACCAUCAACCGAACAAAUGGCCUGAUAGUAAGUUUAAGAUGUACACUCCUCUCAACAAAAUGCCAAAGCAAGUUUUGAUGGAAAUUCAGGACAAGCGCAUCCUUACUUGGCCGAGCAAGUUGAAAUCUGACCCCAAUGGAAGAAGCAAGAACAAAUAUUAUUACUUUCAUUGGGAUCACGGUCAUCUAACACGUGAUUGCUUGGACCUCAAACAGGAAAUCGAGGCACUCAUUCAUAGCGGUCACCUCAAAGAAUACGUCAGUUAUCAAGAAAAAUAG